AUGCGGCAUUCAUAUCCCCAUCAGGGCCCCACUAACAAUCACUAUAGUUCCAAGGCAGCCUGGACGAUAAAGCUCCAGUUAAUUGGACGGCCCGAAGAUAAGGAAGCGCUCGAACUUUUUACGACGCCGAUAGAAGUUGAUAGCGGUAAGUGGAUGAAAUGGCAAUGGAUAUUGGCUAAUUCAAUUACACCGGGCACUCGAUACAUCGUUGGUGGUCACGCGAUCGCAGCGGGCGGCGCCCCGAUGGAAUGGAAGCAA